UGAGCAACGCACUGACUACACUUAAUCAGAUGCGAGAUUUCGUGUGAGAAACCGAAUUCUCAAAUGCUCGGUAAUCUGUAGACUUGAAUCAUGGAUUUGGAGAAAAUUCAAGAGCAGCUUAAAAGUCACAUUCGCCAGCAUCAGAUUUGGGUGAAUGAAAUGAAAAAAGACCCACAGAAUGUGGAAAUACAGCGCAAAGUGCAGUCAUUGCAAGCAGAACUAACGAAUUUAAAUGAAAAACAGAAACAAGUUGUUCAGCUGUUGAAGAAAAAUAUCCAACCAAAUGCUACGACUCCUCUCAACGGACAGGAACAAAAUGAUCACCCAAAAAAAGGUCAUUCGGAGCAAGCUGUACGUAUGAAUGGCUCCCCAAUAGUCACUCAAACAACUGCCUCUGCCACACAUGAACUAACUUCUUCAUCGACACACAACCCAUCCAAUACUGCUCUGCGGCAUCAAUUCACUUCAGGACCAAUGGAAAGAAAUUCAUUGCCUAAUUUGCAGCAUUCAAAAACUGCUGUCUCUGUUCCAAAAACAACCAAUCAUCACUCUACUUCCACCUAUAACAACGUCAAUUAUCUGAAGAACGAUCGUAGUUGCAUUAAAAAACCCAACAUGGUUACCACGGGAAUACAAACCGUUUCAAGUAAUAAUUUAGGCAACAAUGUCUUGCGAAGACCUGAAGCAAGAAAAAUAUCUCAAGGGAUACAGACCACCACAUCUAAUGGUGAAUCUCGUUCGCCAUUAAAACAAAACACAGAGAAACUGAAUUUCCUUUCCACGCUUGGUCUUAUAACAGUUUCAAAAUGUCGAGAAAUAAACUCGCAGAAAAAUGAACGAAGAAGAAGAACAAGUGCCAUAUUUUCACCGUAUAGUUCAUUUCAAUUUUUUGAUGAACCAAAACGAACAUCCAAUGGAAUAAAACGUGGAAGAGGUCGUGCGUCAAAGAACAGUGACAAUAGUUUAAAAUCUCCCAUGUUGCCCUCACCGGUGUUUGUUCCCAUCAAUGGAUUUAAAUCACCGAAAGAGGAGCCAGAAAAUCAAACAACAGAGAAUACAGAGGAUUUGUUGCAGGAUGGAGAACACGAAGACCAUUGUGCUGUAUGUCAACAAAGUGGAGAAGUUUUGAUGUGUGAUACUUGUAUACUGGUCUAUCAUUUAAAAUGUCUCACUCCGCCACUCACAUCGAUACCUACAGGAAUGUGGAUGUGUCCCAAAUGUCGAGAAAUCAUGAGAAGUAAAGAACCAAUGGAAUGGCCUGGUACACUCGCGGUUGCCCAUUCAUAUCUUAAACACAGAGCUGAAAAAGACAAAGAGAAACAGAAAUUAUUAAAUCGGAAUCAAGAAUUAAAGUUGGAGGAGUUAGAGCUACAAAGGAAGGUUACUGAAUUAAGCAGUGCUAUUGUGACGCAAAUCCAGAAAAAGACUGAAAUAGUUGAAUCGACUAGACAGGCGCAAGAAAAACUUCAGAGACUAAAGAGAUUUAUUCAAAUUGUUCACUCUAGCGAAAGACCAUUUGUAUAUUAAAUGCGUAUUUUGGAAUAAGUAGUUUAUAGAAAGUGUUGUGUUAUCUUAUAUAAUAAGAGAUAAGGACUCCUAGGAAUUAAAGUGUUUACGCAGUUGACAGAUAAA